AUGGCUAACCCUUCUCUGCUAAUCCUUCUAACCCUGGUUCUUCCCACCAUCUCCAGACCUUUAGCCACCACCAAUGCUCCAACUCUAGCAGCUCGACUCAAUAGCCACGAUGGUCAAGAUGGCGCUUCAACCGGGUGUUGGGAAACGUUGUUUGAACUCCAAUCGUGCACCGGUGAAAUCAUUCUCUUUUUCUUAAAUGGCGAGACGUAUUUAGGGACAGGUUGUUGUAGGGCGAUCGAGAAAAUUGAAAAGCAAUGCUGGCCGUCGUUGCUUGGAUCACUUGGAUUUACGACUGAAGAAGGUGACAUAUUGCGUGGUUAUUGUGAUAUAUCUUCUGAUAAUGAUGAUGUACCAACUGCCACACCUCCGCCACCAAGCAUCAUUCCACCACCACCAACCACCACACCUCCGCCACAAGCUGCUAACACCACCACCACCACCACUACUGUUGCUAGUAAUUCUACCAUCUCUGUUAAGGCUUGA